AUGAGCGCCGCCGCCCGACGAAUCACCAAGGAGUACGCAGAGUUGCAGGCGGACUUCCCGCCGCACGUCCAGGCUGCGCCAGACGAGAACAACCUGCUGCACUGGACCGGCACAAUCACUGGCCCGCCCGACUCGGCCUACAAGGGCGGCAAGUUCAACAUUGACAUCACCUUUCCGACCGAAUACCCCUUCAAGUCUCCCACCGUCAAGUUUACGACUCGCAUCUACCACCCGAACGUGACGGACGACGGCGCAAUCUGCAUUGGCUUGCUCAAGUCCGAGGCGUGGAAGCCGUCGACUAAAAUUGAGCAGAUCCUUCGCGCACUUGUCCAGUUGCUGCAGGAGCCGAACCCCGACGACGCUCUGGUUGCCUCCAUCGCCGAGGUGUACAACCAGGAUCGCCCGACGUUCAACAAGAACGCGCAAGAAUGGGUCAAGAAGUACGCUUCGUAA